AUGGCCUCUUCCUUUUCUUUCCUUUUCCUUCUCCCACAGGUCUCUCGUCUGGUUCUACGGGGGUUUGCUAAGCUGACGAGUAAGCUAGAACUUACCCGGCUUCCGCACGAUGUUCCACAUGCCCACGAUGAUGAAUGGUGGGAGCCCAAAUCGACGGUUGAGCCGUUGGUCGAUUACUGGUUGGGGGAGACUUCAUGGCGCGAACGAGAAGCCGAGUUCAACACCAGCAUCCCUCAGUUUCGAAUCACGAUCCGGACGGCAUCCUCCGACAGCCCUGUCCGGCUGCACUUUAUUCAUUCACGUUCUGCACACGCCAACGCGGUUCCCUUACUCCUGAUACCUCCGUUUCCAUUUACAAACCUGUCCCUAAAGCACGCUAUCAGUGCCUUUACUACUGUCAACGACCCGGCCAGGGACAUUCCCUUCCAUUUGGUUAUCCCAUCGCUGCCGGGUCUGGGGUUUAGCGACCCGAUUACGAGCAACAAACGCAUGAUCUCGCUUAUUGCCGAAAUGCUCGACACGUUAAUGCGGCGCAUCGGGUAUAUCCAUUAUCUUGCAACAAACGCUGCUCCAUCGCCGAAUUCCGUUUCUGACAUUGACUGGCGAGUCAUUAACCAUGUUGCCACAUCCCAUCCGGACUCUUGCCUUGGCGUCCAUUUCGUAUCGCCGGCGUUUAAACAACCAACAUUGCAAAACGCCCCGCUGGAAUGGAUCAAGUGGAAAACAGUCAUGGUAUUUUCGAAACCUGUGCUGGGGUAUUCUCAAGACGAUAUUACUGCUUUUCGGCACCAAGACAAGCCGAACCGAGGGCCACUUGAUAAUCCCGGGCUGCGUGUAAAUAAAGUCUUUGAGCCGAAUACCCUUUCUUAUGCGCUGUGCGACUCACCGACGGGGCUAUUAUUGUUUAUCCUCAUGGUGUUGAGAAUGCUGGGCCCUAGACACCAGCUUUCGAAAAGAGAGAUUAUCGAGAUGGCUGAACUGACGUGGCUGCCCGGACCGGAAGGGACCAUUAGGCUCUUAGCACAUAGUGUGUCGGCUACGGAUGAUUUGAAGACGGGUCCCAAAAAGCCCACGGUUGGAAUUACGGUGUUUGAGGACAACCGGAACCAGAUGGAUGACCAAGAGUCGAGUGCUGCUGUUCCUGUGCCACGCCCAUAUGUCCAUACCUGUAGAGGCUGGGGACGGAGAAGCUACAACAUUGUUUCGUGGCAACGUGUACCGGGCAGUCCUGGACUGCUGAUAUGGGAGAGACCAGAAGUGAUAGCUGCUGGCGUGAGAAGGUUGGCAGAGGCCAUUGUCGCCAAGGACGAUAGGCUUCAGAAAUCAACAGACUCCGGAGCAGCUCGGUCGGAUCAAGUCGCCGUCGGCGGAGAUGAGGCGACUCCGGGAGAGGUUUCGGACAUACCAUCCCAGACGCAGGACAUGCUGCACUUUGGUGCGGCGGCAGAGAAGAGGCCGAUUGCGGGACAGGGGCAAUUUGGUCAAGAUAUCAAGGCGAGAAGAAGACCGCAUACGCCAUUAUUUCCAUUGAUGGUGGAGCCGAGCCAGGACGCGGGUCCAGAUAUUGACGAGUUCAGCCCGAGUUCAAGUGCGGGAAGUCCUGAUACCAUUAGGCCGGUGAGGGGUCUUGCUUAG